AUGUCACCUCUAAUUCCAGCCCCUACCAUGACAAGCCUGACGAUGUUCUGCUGUGUGGCUGGGCUAGGGUUGUGGAUGGCAGUCACUUCGUAUUCCGCCUCUGCUCAAGUGACAGACUUGUGUCCAACCGGAUGUAGAUGUGGUCCUGUAGAAAAUCCAUUCACAUAUGAAACGGUGUUUACCAUUGGCUGUUCCAAUUUAACCUUGACAGAGGUCAUGGAGUUUCGUGGCGGAGAGAAAGUAGAUGUUCUAGACUUAUCUGGUCAUAGGAUAUCCGUUUUAAAAAAUGGUGCUUUCAAAGGAAUAAAGCCCAAAAAGAUAUUACUUCAGAACAAUAAUAUUUCUGUGAUAGAACCGGAAGCAUUUACUGAUGUGGCCCUGGUCGCGGAAAAACUUGACCUCUCUACCAAUAACCUUUUUCAUUUACCCCAAGGAUUGGAAAAUAUGUCAGCUUUGAAAACCUUGAAACUAGCCGGAAACAGGAAGUUAAAGCUUGUGAAAGGUUCAUUCCGGGGAUUGAUGUCAUUAGAGACGUUGGAUUUGGACCAGUGUUUCCUGUCCGAGAUUCCUGAUGGCACAUUCGGCGACGUCGGAGGAACGCUUCGCAAACUCCAUUUGUCUGGCAACAAAUUGACUAUCAUACCAGUCUCGCUACAACAACUACGGAAAGUGGAGGAAAUCGACUUGGAUAACAACCCCAUUACGUCUAUUUCGGCACACGCCUUCAGAGGCAUGGAAAAGUUGAAAAAACUAACCCUGAACCGAAAUGAGUUCAGCAAACCCGAUAGCCUCCAUCCGCUGGCUUUCGUUGACGUCGCUCUCACUUUGGAGGAUUUGGACUUCUACCACAGCCGGAUGACGGUUUGUCCCACUGAGGCACUCUCUCCGCUGAGAAAGUUACGAACUCUUGGCUUCGACGCCAACGAAAUCAAGGCUUUUCCACCUAAGGCUUUCCAGACGUUGGAUUCCUUAACGAAACUCGUCCUGGACGGGAACAAGUUUAACUUCACCGAGGAUAUGUUUGUGGGAAUUACGGACACACUGACCAAGCUGAGCAUCCGGGGCAUGGGCUUAACACAGCUUCCGGUACGCGAACUAGCCGCCUUGGACCAUUUACAAUGGCUUGACGCCUCGGCCAACAACUUCAAGACACUGCCAGAUAAUUUCACGCGCGGCAUACACGCAAAUCGUUACACACUCGAACACAUGAAAGUCACGGAUAUCUCCGCGAAGGCGUUUUCGGGGAAAGACAGAACGGUUCAUCUCGAUCUUGAAGACAACAAAAUCAAAAGGUUGGACUUCGUGGCAGAUCCGUGUAUGUUUGAGUAUGUUGCUGUGUCAGAAAAUCCCCUGUUUUGCGACUGUCACUCUCUACACGUCGCCUCUCAUUCUCACAUCAUCCUAUCAGGUAUGUGCAAAGGACCCCCUCCUUUCGCCAAUAUGGACGUUUCCGGGGUGCCUUUCAAAAAACUUGCUCAGAAAAAAUGUGCAAAUAAUGCAAAAACGAUGGAAAUUGUCUGUCCUGCGAUUAAGUCACAUUCAAAGUCUACUGGUAUUUCUGUCAAACACUCCUUGACUUUGCUAAUGACGUCACUAAUGACUUUACUGGCAUUGACGUUUUACAUGUGA